AGAUGAAAUUCAAUAUUGUAACAUGAUUUGUAUUAGUUUGUAAUAUUGUGAAGACAUAAUGAAUUGCAAGUGUAAAGGUUAGGAUCAGGUUCUCAUAUCUGCAAGACAUUUACACACAUUUGACAUUUGAUUGUUAUGCCAAUUCAAAGAAAGUUGUCCUUAAGAUUAUAUAAAAAAAAUAUAUUAAUCUGAGAUGGUGCAAAAACAAAAAUUCACAAUAAGAAGGUGCUGUCUUCUGACUUGUUCUACCCUCAGUUUGUUUUUCCUGUUGUGGUUUUCAGUGGCUAUUUUUCAUUUCAAGGUGUCAGUUUCAAAUCCGAGUGAGUGGGUAAAGAUUUAACGGUUUCAUUUAAGGUUACAAAUUGUAAUGCUAGUUUGGCUGGACCAGAAGACUAGGUCUAACUCCUAAUUUAUGAUGCCUGGACAUUACAUUAAUCUUUGGCUGUCUCUGUUUGCUGUUUUUGCAAGAGAAAUGCUUGGAGUCACAGUAAAGACGGGCUUAUACAGUCGAGUUGAGCUCACUGGAGAGAAAAUUGAUCAACAAACUGCUGAUUCCCUGCAGUCAGUGGAAUGGACCAAAAUAAACAGAUCAUCUCAGUGUCUAUGUCUUAUGUUUAAAAAAAACAAUGAUACCAAAUUCUACAGUCAAUGCUGUAGACAGGCUCAUUUCUAUUUAAACAAUAACAGUCUCAUUUUGGAGAAUGUGACCGUACAGGAUGAAGGAGUCUACAUGGAAUCUAUAGUUUCUGAAAACAGAAUUAAAAAAAGCCCAAACAUUACAUUAUAUAUUCAAAACCCCACAAGUGUAUCUGAAAUUAUGGUCUCCUGGAUCUCCAACACAUCUGUGACUCUCAGAUGUGAAGUUACUGGCUUGUUCCUGCAUCUAAAAUGGAUGAAAGAAGGUGUCUCCAUUUUAGAUGACUACAGACACUCAAUCAGCGAGAGGAACCAGACUCUACACAUCACCAAUAUAACCAGCUCAGAUUAUGGGACAUACAGCUGUCUGGUUACAAAUUCAUAUGGAGUAUCAGAAAAGCAAACGCAUAUUACUGGUGAAAACCGAACUCUUUCCCAAGAAAAUAGUACUAGUGCUGUAUCUGUGAGACCGAAUAAUCAGAUUGUGCUUUCAAUUGGACUUACACUUAUUGGAGUUUUAGGACUGUGCAUCGUCUUAAUUGUCAUUUACAAAUACCAUCACGAUGUCUCAGGUGACUGUCACAGAAAAACACUAGACAGGAUGACAAGAGGCAACGGAGGGGAAAAUGGCAGAACUGCAGAAGAAGGGGACGAAGACAUUGACCUUGGAAUUUUUCAGGAAAUACAUGAUAUUGAAGAGGUGACCCCUUUGCCAUAUGUCUACACAGACUUCAUUAAGCCAAGAGAGCCCAAUCAGGCCUCAGCCUCAGCAGAACAUUUUGAGGAGUUUGGGUAUUCAGAGAUUGGACCAGUAGGCAGGGAGGACACAGUUCUUUCAGAUUGUGCCAUCUACGACGAACAGGCCAGACUGCCCCCUGAUGCUUUGAAGGAGUGACCGCUGAUAAGAAAGUCUAUGGUACAUGU